UAUAAUUACAAAAUUUCCAUAGUCUAAGCUGUAAUCUAAUGGAAACAGUUCAUGGGUCAAUGUCCGUCGUUUUCUGCUUACGUCAAUUCCUUCAAGAAAUCAAUUGUUUUUUAAUUUCUCUGACUUAUCUCAUCACCUUAUCUCUUUCUAUUGAAAAAGGAGAUUCAAGAAAGAUGGAUUUUCUUGAUCUUUGAUUUAAUUUCUGUGAUUUUUUGGGUUGCAGGUUUUACCCGCUUAUGUUUUUCCUUUGAUCUAUCGUCGUUUUGCAAGAAUACCCACGUUUGAUUUUCCUGGAUUUUUGGUGUUAUUCAUAGCUUUUGGAUCUUUGAUUCAAUUCUGUAAUUUCAAGUUGUGGUUUUGAGUUUCUUCUUCUACUUAUGUUUGUUCUUUGGUUUGUGUGAGCUUUUUAAGAGUACGUUGAAAUUUGCUAGAAUUUUGGGUGUUCUUGGGAGUUCUAAACUUAUUCUCUAGUUUUCAGGUCUUUAAUUUUAUUUCAGAGAUAUUUAUUAUGGGUUUUUCUUUUCUUGCUUAGGUCUGUCGUUGGUUUUCGAGAAUACCCACGUUGAACUUUGCUAGAUUUUUGGGCAUUCCUUGGAAAUUUCCAGUCUUUGAUUUGAUUUUGGCGAUCUUGGGUUGCAGCUAUUUUCCCACUUAUGUUUGUUCUUUGGUCUUAUGUUGUCUUUUAAGAAUUACCUGCACUGUGUUUGCUAGAUUUUUUUUUCUUUUGACUUUUGAUUUUUUACUUUGUAGUUUUGGGUCGUUUUAUUUGAUUUUGGAAAUUUUGUUUUCUCCUCAGCUUAUUUGAAAUUUUCAUGUUUUUCUUUUGUGGAGUUUUGUGGCAUCCUUGCUGGCAGGUCUUGAUUUGAUUCCCCUUUUCUCUCUCUGAUUGGCGAUAGAUUUGCAGUAUUACAAGUCUUCUGGUAAUUUAGGUUCUUUUAAAGCUGUUUUAGUCUUGGGACUUGAAGAUACGAUUUUGGGUUCCUCUCUCCCUCUCUCUCCUUUUAUUUUUUAUUUUUAUUUCUUUCUUGCUUUCUUUUUAAGGGUAUUACUGAUAUAAUUUACUUAAAUUGACUGGUAUGAUCUUGAGCGAAGAAGAAAAAAAGAAUCAACUUUUCCGAGUCUCUUUUCUGGUUGUGUUGAAUUUCUUGUUUUAGGAUCUUUUAGCUUGAUAAUCCUUGUAAGAAUUUCAUCCUAAACCUCAAUUUCGAAAUUGGGUUUUUGGCUUUAUGAAGAAUCCAGUUUCAUUCUAAUUCUGAUUUCUAUUUUAAACAACUCAGAUUCUGUUUUUGAACAAACAAUCUCUUUCUUUAAGGAGAGGGUAAAAUAUCAGAGGUGUCCUGCUUUUGUUGGAAGAAAGAUUUAAAUCGAUGUUGAGACAAGAAAGCCGAAGACUAUCCGAUGACUACGAAGUCGGUGAUGUUCUUGGAAGAGGGGGAUUCUCAGUUGUAAGAAGGGGACUGAGCAAACCAGAUGGAAGCAAGACCGAAGUCGCCAUCAAAACUCUCAAGAGGUUUGGAUACAUGCCACCAGGAAUGCCGCGGAGUCGUGGCGGAGAGAAGGGUUUCCCUGCUUUGGGAUUGCCAACAUGGAAACAGGUCUCAAUAUCAGAUGCAUUGCUGACAAACGAAAUCCUUGUCAUGAGGAAGAUUGUUGAAGAUGUUUCUCCACACCCAAAUGUAAUACAUUUGUACGACGUUUAUGAGGAUACAAAUGGCGUCCACCUUGUACUAGAGCUCUGCUCGGGCGGUGAGCUUUUUGAUAGGAUAGUUUCUCAGGAGAAGUAUUCAGAGGUUGAAGCAGCGGUAGUGGUCCGGCAGAUUGCAAGUGGGUUAGGCGCCCUUCAUCAGGCGAACAUUGUUCACCGUGAUUUGAAACCUGAGAACUGCCUUUUCUUGAACAACAGUGAGGGUUCGCCAUUGAAGAUUAUGGACUUUGGUUUGAGCUCUGUAGAGGAUUUCACCGAUCCUAUUGUUGGGUUGUUUGGUUCGAUCGAUUAUGUAUCGCCAGAAGCUCUGGGUCAAUGUACAGUAUCUUCUGCCAGUGAUAUGUGGUCUCUGGGGGUGAUCUUGUACAUCCUCCUUUCAGGGUAUCCACCUUUUCAUGCAACAUCGAAUCGGGAGAAGCAAAAAAUGAUAUUAGCGGGUGACUUCAGCUUUGAUGAACAUACUUGGAAGACCAUCUCUUCAUCCGCGAAGCAAUUGAUUUCCAGUCUCCUGACUGUCGAUCCUCACAGAAGACCCACUGCACAAGAGCUUAUACUGCAUCCAUGGGUGAUCGGUGACUCGGCAAAGGAGGACCUAAUGGACUUGGAGGUUGUUUCACGGCUGCAAAGUUUCAAUGCACGGCGCAAAUUCCGCGCUGCAGCAAUAGCGAGUGUGUUGAGUAGCACGGUUUUCUUGAGAACGAAGAAGUUAAGGACUCUGUUAGGGUCACAUGAUCUUACUCAUGAGGAGCUCGAGAAGCUGAGAAAACAUUUCAAGAGAAUAUGUGCAAAUGGAGACAAUGCCACUCUUUCUGAAUUUGAACAAGUGCUAAAAGCAAUGAACAUGAGCUCGCUUCUCCCUCUUGCUCCACGUGUCUUUGAUCUAUUCGACAACAACCGUGAUGGGACUGUGGACAUGAGAGAGAUCCUAUGUGGCUUCUCAAGCCUCAGAAAUUCGCAUGGAGAUGAUGCUCUCCAGCUCUGCUUCCAGAUGUAUGAUACAGACAGGUCAGGAUGCAUCACAAAGGAAGAAGUAGCGUCAAUGCUUAGAGCCUUGCCAGAAGACUGCCUUCCAGCAGACAUAACAGAACCUGGGAAGCUUGAUGAGAUUUUCGAUCGGAUGGAUGCCAAUAGUGAUGGAAAGGUCACGUUCGAUGAGUUCAAAGCUGCCAUGAAGAGAGACAGUUCCCUCCAAGAUGCAGUCCUCUCCUCUUUGCGGCCAAUCUAGUUCAUCCGUUUCGAAGAUUUUGAUCAACAAUAUGCUUCUCUUUCUUUUGAUUAUUGUUAUUCACAAUUAUUAGAUAUGCAAAAGAUUAUACAAAAAUGAGAAGGCUUAGUCCUUGGCCA